GAGUCGAGAGACCGGGGGUGGGUCAUGGUGAUGAUAGAUGAGUCGUUUUUUGCUUCUAUGCCUUUUAUAAAAAAGAAAUCAUCUCCCAUAUUGUCAAUCGCUUUCUCAGUCAAUCAUCUGUGUCCGCUUUGCUCGUAUCUUUUUUCCAUAUCAUCACAAUGGCUUCCUCCGCUGUCUCCCAAGAAUCGACUACUCCCCAGACCCAAGUCACCCUUGGAGGCAAGGUUAUCGCUAUUACCGGUGCCAACCGUGGAAUUGGCUUGGGUAUCGCCGAAUGCUGUCUCUCUAACGGCGCUGCCAAGAUCUACUCUAUUGAUAUUGGUGAGACCGGAGAGGACUUCAUUGCCUUGUCUGAGCGUUAUCCCGAUCAGCUCUUUGCUGUCAAUGCUGAUGUGACCAAUGAAUCAACAAUUACUGCUGCAAUUGAUAAUAUAAUUGAGGAGACCGGUGCUCUGCAUGGAAUGGUAGUUAACGCCGGACGAACCCACCACAAGGCUGCCCUUGACUUUACCAAGGAGGAGAUCGAGAACCUUUUCAAUGUAAACCUCUUUGGAGCCUUCUAUAGCGCACGUGCUGCUGCUCGUGCAUUUAUCAGGCUUGGAAUCAAGGGAUCCAUUGUCUUUACAGCAUCGAUGGCUUCCUACCGACCAAACAAGCGCGUCCCCUCCACUCCCUAUGGUGCCUCAAAGGCUGGUAUUCGGAAUAUGACCCACACUUUGGCGAUGGAAUGGGCACAAUACGGCAUCCGUGUCAACAGUGUCUCUCCAGGUCUUGUUAAUACUGCUAUGACAUACUGGGUUCCUCAGCAGCCGGACUGGGAGCAGCAACUCAAUUACUAUGGUGGUUUCCCUCGGUUGGCCGAAGUGCAGGAACUUGGCGGUGCCUAUGUGUAUCUCCUGAGCAAUGCCGCCAGCUACACUACCUCAAUUGAUAUUCCGGUUAACGGUGUCAUUGGAAUCUGCUAAUCGAAAUGCAAUAAAUGUGACGGCAACAGUUUCGAUUCGUAAAUGUGAAUGUGAUUAGGGUUCCUUGGUUCAGCUAGAUUCUUGAUACUAGAAAUAAAUGCC